UUUUUUUUAGAAAAACGAGUAUCAGGUUUCGUCAAGACGGUCGAGAAAAGCAUAAAUUAUUAGAAACAACAAGAGAAAAAGUAAUGAAAAUACAGAAACAAAAGAAAAAGAAAAACGAAUGAAUAUUUUACAAAAUUCUAAGUAAAACCUUUAUGAAAAGAAGAUAUAUUUGUGCUAUUAACAUCGGUAUUAUUCACCUGAAGAAUAACGACAAAAAAAAAAAAAAGUUACUCCAAAAAAUGUUUAUACAAUAUGUGCUUUAAAUGAUGAAUCCUUUUUCCAUUUAUUUCCUAUCUAUUUCAAAGAAAAGGGCAAUUCUGGUGGAAAUAUUUCUCCGGCAUUACUCCGUUUUUGGUCCAUUUCUUGAGAAAUUACUCUGACAUGAGAUCAAUGCUGGAUUUUUGUCUCCUUCUUUGAUCUCAUGCCGAAAUAAUUUUGCCGGUACUAAUUUCAUGCUGACGAAAUUACUCCGGCAUCAAUCUCAUGUCGGAGUAAUGCCGGAGUAAUAUUUCCACCAGGGAAAAGCUACAACUUGUAUCAAUAAAAUAAAAAGUUACACCUCAAUAACAAUAACAUAGAUUGUAAAUUAAAAUUUUUUAGCUCACGUCUUUUUCAUCAAAAAUAAUAAAAAAUUGUUUAAAAUUUUAAAAAUAUUUUUUAUUGAAGGCAAUAUGCAACUGUUAGUAAAUAAUUGUCGUUCAAGAAUUUUUUUUCAUCUAUCGUCUGUCAUCAUCUGCUAUUUAUUGUAAGAAGAAAUAGCUUACUCCAAAUUUUAAUUCACAAUAUUUUGUUAUUAUUAUUGAUGUAUGAAUUCCGAUUUUAUGAGUGCAAAAUAGCUAUUCUGCUCUUUUCUUUAAAUUAGAUAAGAAUUCAAUUAAAAAGACCCCAUGCGUUUGUAUAUGAACAUUUUAGAGCAAAUAUUUUAUUUUUGUCGUUGUUUUUGAGGUAAAAAUGAGGUACAAAUUAGUACAAAAUAUUCUGAUUAUUUAACAAAGUAUUGUAAAUUUGAAUUCUUGAGUAAACUAUUUUUUUUUUAAUACUAUUAAAGUGCGAAUUCUGCUUUCAUUGAUUCAAAUAAGCUCAUGACUUUUUUUUCGAGAAUAAAGAAAAAAAUUAUCUAUCAUUAUUUAUUAUUCGAGGUGCCAUGCAUUUGUUAAUAAUCAAUUUUCGUCAAAUAAUUUUUUUCUAUUCUUUUCAAUUGAAGGACAAAUUCUGUUAUUAUUAAUAUAAAUUAACCCAUGACUUUUUCUUUAAGAGUAAAAACAAAUCAUUCAAUAACAUUUAUUUUUUAAGGCACCAUGGAAUUGUUAUUAAACAAUUACAUGACACCUCAAAAUAAUAGAAUAAUCCUUUUAAAUAAUUCUUUUUUUAUCUUUGGAGAGAAAAACGUUGGCUGAUAAUAGCAGAAUUCGUACUUCAGUGGAAAAUAAUAUGAAAAAUUGUUAAUUAACGAUUGCAUGUCACCUCGAACAAUUGUUAACAUUUAUUUAUAAAUAUUGUUGAAUUAUUUUUUUUUUUUCUUGAAGAGAAUGUCGUAAGUUUAUUCAAACCAAUGAAUGCAGGUUUCGUACUUCAAUAAUGAUUGAAUAAAAAAAUCUGAUUACUUCAAAAUUUUAAUUAACAAUACUUUGUUAUUAUUGUUAAUUAUGCAUGUACAAAUCUUGAUUUCAUUCUUACAGGUUCGCGUGCCCUAUUUAAAAAUGAAUCUAUCUUUUUUUUUGUGUUUGGAUGUAGUUUUUUUUUUCAAUUUUUCGUUAUUUUUUUAUUUAUAACACAUUAGCUACUCUUUUAUUUAUAACAAUUCAAUUAAAUAUUGGUCAAUCAUUUGAAGGUUAUAGGCAUUAAUAUUUUUUGACAGAUAUAAAAUGUUGUUAUAAUCACAUAUGUCAACACACACAUACAUAUGUAUAUGCAAUUAGCGCCACCUAUAUCAAUUUAUACGACAUGCACGUGACCUUCUGAUACCCCAAUCAGAUUCCAGUAAAUUCAAAAAUGAGGCGCUAAGUUUGAAAAAUGAAGCGCCAAGUUCAAAUUUGGAUGCGCACGCAAAAUGCGACGCCAUGACACCAAUGCUUUUUUUAUUUAAGGAUAUUUAAAUGUUUUUUUGGAUUUCAGUCUUAGUUUUGUAUUCUAUAUUUACCAUGAGAUUAUUUUUGUAGUAGGUAAAAAAGAUUUCUAAGUCAACUGUAUUUUCGCUUUUACCAUCACAUUAUCGACUGAAAACACUGAACUUGCACUGUCGAACUUUUUGCACUUCAGCACACUUGUAUUUCUAUAUUUUUCUAAUUCUAUGUAUUUUAUUAUCUAAGUUUUUCCAUUUCGAUAAAUAAAUAAUUACUAAAUUUAGAAAACCUAGCCAUUGACAAUUCUGAACUAUGCAUAAUCUAUUACUUUACAUUUUAUGUUUUUUCAUAUUCGGUUUUUAUCAAAUACAUAUUAUUUGCAAUAUAUUAAAAUUAAAAUUCUACAAAAUGGUUUUUCUCCAAAAUAAUAAUUUUAUCGUUUACUUUUUCAUCAGUUUGAACAAUUGAAACAAUACGAUUCUUACAAACUAUAAUUCGAGACAAUAAUAAUUGGUGCACAUUAUAAUUCUCUAAGUUUACACUUCGUAAUUUAUUUUUUCGAUAAUUUUAUAAGUCGUACCAAUUGCAAGUGGGGAAAAUGGCCGCGCCCCAAAAAAAUAAUGUCAUGUGUCAGUACUGCCACUACAAGAAACAGCUUUUUCCUAUAAAAUUUUGGCCGGUAUUACAGGGCGAAAUUGCAAAACGAAAAAAAAAUUUUUAUUAAAGGAAAGCACCCUCGACAUCGUUUUAAAAAACCAAUAGCCGAUAUUUUCGUGACGAUAUUUGGAAAAUGAUAUCAAAUAAUAAAUAUCCAAUAUUUGACGCCUACAUAUCGAACAUUUGUACCUAUAUCGAAUAAAAAUAACGUCGUCAGAAUAUCGGGUCCUCCGAUAUAUCGGCUGAUAUCGCACAUCCCUACUCUGGAGUCUGGACUGCGGAGUUGGAGUGAGCCAGAGUCAGAUGGUCAGCUCACAGCUGUGAGUUGGAGUUACCUUGCGGACCGGUCACUACUUACUCGGUCAGUUGAAUCAGCUCAGUUGAAUACAUAUUUGAAUCUGCUUAGAUCUGACUUGAAUCAUUGGAUGCUACAACUUGUACUGAUUUGUACUACAUUUAUUAUGCAUAUCCCAAGUUAUAAGUAUUAGUAAACAUUUGAGUGUCAACUGUCAACAAGAAAUCAUCGUCACAUAAAACGGGUGUCGUGAAACGUUACAUUUUUGCUUACGUAUGUUUUGUUUUUAUUAAUAACAACUAAUAAUAAUCAAUCGUGUGUAAGUAUAUAACCUUAUUUUAAUAAUAUUUUUAAACAAAGAAAAUAUCUUCCUAUCAUCUUGUCACAGAGCUAAAUAAUUUAAUCUGCUAAUGUCCUAUUUUUUUUUAUUUUUUUUUUGUUUUGUUCUGAUUUUACUAUUUUUAUACUUAAAUAUAAUCAUUUUAUACAAUUAUAAAAAUUAACAGUUCUGUCGUAGUAUUGGUCUUGUCUACUAUACGAAAAAUCAAAACAACUGCAUUAGCUUUCAAACUAAGUAAGCGAUUAAUACUUUGAUGGUCAUAUUAUCUCUAGUGACAAAUCAAAAAAAUAAUAAUGAAUUUGUCAUUUGCUGGUUGUGGUUUUUUGGGUAUUUACCAUGUUGGUGUUGCUGUUUGUUUUAAAAAAUAUGCACCUCAUUUGCUCUUGGAUAAAAUCAGCGGGGCAUCAGCUGGUGCAAUUGCAGCCUGUUGUCUUCUUUGUGAUUUACCCCUCGGAACAAUAGCAAGUAAUGUUUUGAGAGUCGCUAAGGAGGCAAGGAAAACUACACUUGGGCCUUUUAGUCCUUCAUUCAAUGUGCAGGCGAUUAUGUUGGAGAGUCUAGAGAAGUAUCUCCCAAAUGAUGCGCAUAUUCGAGUAAGUGGAAAAUUGCAUAUUUCCUUGACUAGAGUUUAUGAUGGAAAAAAUGUUAUUGUCUCACAGUUCAAUUCACGUGAAGAUCUUUUUCAGGCUCUUCUUGCUAGUUCAUUUAUUCCUUUAUUUUCUGGAAUUUUGCCACCGAGAUUUCAUGGAAUUAGAUACAUGGAUGGUGGUUUUAGUGAUAAUCUUCCAACUUUAGAUGAAAAUACAUUAACGAUAAGUCCGUUCUGUGGGGAGAGUGAUAUCUGUCCACGGGAUACGUCAUCACAACUUUUUCAUGUAAAUUUUGCAAAUACAAGCAUUGAGUUAUCUCGUCAAAAUAUUUACAGAUUUAUGAGAAUACUUUUUCCACCAAAUCCUGAAAUCUUAUCUAAUAUGUGUAAACAAGGUUUUGAUGAUGCAUUGAGAUUUUUACAUCGUAAUAAUUUGAUAAAUUGUAAUCGCUGUCUUGCUGUACAACCAACAUUUAUUGUUUCUGAAUCACUAGAUGAAAGUAUGGAAUAUGAUCCCGAAUGUGUUGAAUGUAAAAUACAUAGACAAGAAGCACUUGUUGCUAAUUUUCCUGAUACUGUUAUGACAAUAUUUCAAGAUGCUAUCGAUUCCGCAAACAAGGGUAUUAUUAAUUGGUUAUUUAAGUACAAAGGAAUGAAAUUAUUGUCAAUAUUGAGCCUUCCAUACACAUUUCCUAUUGAUGUUGUUUACGCUACUCUAACAAAAUUUGUAUUAAAUGCUCCACAAUUACGUAAAAGUUUAGUGGAAAUUACAAAGUACCUAGUAGAACAAUUAAACUUAAUAUUACCAACAAUAAAUAUUUAUUAUCUCCAAUUUCCAUACAAGUCUUAUAUUUAUAAUCAUGAUUCUGUCAACGAAUUAGAUGCACCCUUCUUCAAGCCAAAAGAUUUUUCACAUAAGUACAAUGAUAUCAAACAAUGGGAUAAUGCAAGGAAGUCUAGCUGUAUUAUAAAUGUAUCAGAAUUUGGAAGUGUCGAUGGAACUUUGGAAAAUAUUCUUCAGGUCACAUCAGAUCAAGAAACUUUAAUGGCCUAUUAUUAUGUUAAUGAAAAUAAAAAAAUUCAAGUUUCUGAUAUUUUUGAUGUUGCAUCAACUUCACCAGGAAAUAUUGUCUCUUUAAAAUCGGGUCAGUACGAUGAAGUUUCUUGGGAUGAACCAGGUUGGCUUGCCCGACAUACAGUUGGUGAAGUUUCAACAGUAGAUACAGAAAAUGAAAAUGAUAGUACAAACAAUUUACGUACAAACGACAGGAAAUCCAAUAAUUUCAUUUUAUCUGAAGAUGAACUCGAAGAAGCUGAUCAAAAAAUAAAUGGUCAUCCUGAAAUAUCAACGGAUGAUUCAAAUAUUUUUUCUGAUCCCGAGAGUGAAUGGACAGUUGAUAGAUCAUCCAUUAUGCCGUCUGAUAAUUCAGAGUUCUUAGUCCCUCCAGAUUCUAGACCAGAAGACGACCAGUAAUUUUUCAAGACGACAAGAAAAAUAAUUUUACCCUGAUUUUAUUCUCAAAACGGUCAGAUUUUGAAAUUCCUUCAGUGAUUGCAGUAUUUUAUUAUUAAGAAUCCGAAUGAACAUCAAUAAAACUUUGUAUGAAUUUUUAAAAUCAUUUUCUUGCCAAACUAAUAAGAAUUAAUGGAUUUUUUCAAUAGUGGACUGAUUAAAAAACAUAGCAGUAAUGAAUCAUUGUUAAUCAAUCAAAAUAAUGCAAGUGUGAUGGACUUAUUGAUAUGAAAAAAAAAACGUAGUAUAUAUGAAUAUGGCAAAAAAAAAGAUAAUUAUUAUUUUAAAGAUUAUCCUUCAACUUAUUCAAAAUAAAAAUUAUGGAGUAUUUGAUAGUGUAAAUUGUCAUUCUUUGGUAUAUCCGAUUGUGAUAAAAAACUUGAGAAGGAGUAAUUGUUAUGCUCAUUUCUUGAUUCAAACAAGUCAAUUGUUGAAUAUUUUAUUUUAAUUUAAUGUUAUCUUUUUUAAAUUUUUCUAAAUAGAUAUCUUUUCAUCUUUGAAUAGACGAAUUUUACAAUAAAAUAAAUUAUAUUUUAAUUUUCUUAAA